AGUCCAUCAAUACUUUAAUUAUUUUCUCGGAUUCCGUUGGAAAAUGUUUGGUCGGUUGCACAACGGAAACAGUGUACUCUAGGAACCAUAUGGAAGCAAACGGGACAAAAGAAAAUGGAGAUAACAAUUUGUCCAAUAUAAACGCGUUUUCGUUGGGAAACGUUUUCCGUUUGGAGUAAACGGUUUCCGUUGCAAAACGUUGCGCAACCGACCAAACGUUUUGCAACGGAAUCGGAGUAAAGAAUUUACCCCAGUUCAGAGCGCACUGACUGUGAACACUUGCACUGAGACAGAGGAAACCUCAAGCACUUUCUGACAUGACCCAGCAAAGGUGAACAACGCGAUGGGAGUUCUGCUGAGAAAGUGACAGGAGGCAUAUCGAAGAAAAGGAAGUUUAGAAAACUAGAAGUUAAUAUUCUCUCGAUAGUGUCACAUCUAAGAAUAUUGUUUUGACUCAUCUUAAAACCAAAAGCGCGGUUUAUGGUUUGCUGAUAGCUAGCAUUGGUUGGGCAACAUUCAUCAAGUUCAUAACCGGGGGAACAGAGGCAGGAUGUACUAUGAAGAAAAAGCUAAUUCACAUAAGCCACGUUAUGGAACCAUUCAGGACGAUGAGAGGCUCUCGGCGGAGGAGAUGGACGAGAGGAGACGACAGAACAUCGCCUACGAGUAUCUCUGUCACCUGGAGGAGGCCAAACGGUGGAUGGAGGCGUGUGUAGAGGAGGAGCUGCCCUCCACCACAGAUCUGGAGGAGGGUCUGAGGAACGGAGUCUACCUUGGAAAACUGGCCAAGUUCUUUGCUCCCAAGAUGGUGUCUGAGAAGAAGAUCUAUGACAGGGACCAGGCUCGCUACAAGCUCACAGGACUUCACUUCAGACACACAGACAACACAGUGCAAUGGCUACGGGCCAUGGAGUCUGUAGGGCUGCCUAAGAUAUUCUAUCCUGAAACGACAGAUGUGUACAAUCGCAAAAACAUGCCCAAGGUGGUGUACUGCAUACACGCGUUAAGCUUAUACCUGUACAAACGGGGCAUUGCCCCACAGAUCCAGGACCUGCUGGGGAAAGUGGCCUUCACAGAGGAGGAGAUCAGUAACAUGCGGAGCGAGCUGGAGAAAUACGGCAUUCAGAUGCCAACCUUCAGCAAGAUAGGAGGCAUCCUGGCCAACGAGCUCUCGGUGGACGAGGCAACCUUGCACGCUGCUGUGUUUGCCAUCAACGAGGCGGUGGAUAAGGGUGAGGCGGCUGUGACCAUAGGGACAUUGAAGAACCCCAACGCUAUGCUGAGGAACACUGGGGAAGAGCUGGCCCAGGACUACCAGGACACUCUUAGCCGGGCCAAGGCCAGCAAGGAGCUCCAGACCUCAGGCAGGCGCUUGUCCAUAGCCACAGAGGAGAGAGAUGUUUAUGAGGAGCUGCUGACCCAGCAAGAGAUCCAGAGCUGCGUCGACCUUGUUAACACGCAGGUGGCGGUGCGGCAGGUGAACCAGGCCAUCUCUGCCCAGAAUGAGGCUGCGCUGCUAGUUGGGCUCAAGGUGCUGGCCCUGGGGCUGCUGGGGGUCCAAGAGGCCAACUCUCACUGGUACCUGGAGCACUUCACCACCUACUGCCAAGUCCAGACUCGGGACGCUGGAGGUGCAGUGAUGCUGGAGAGGGAGGAGAUUCAGAGGGUGGUCAUAUCCUGUAACGACUUUGCUGAGGCAGAGAAACGAAAACUGGAGGCCAUUACAGCGAUCAACUCUGCCAUUCGUCAUGGAGUAGCAGCAGAGACUAUAGAGGAGCUGAUAAACCCAGAGGCCCAGCUCCCCAUAGUCUACCAGACUGCUGCCAACCUCUACCAGACCGAACUGUUCAGCCUGCAGAUACAGGGACCAAAGGCAGGCCUGGGGCAUGAGGAGCUGUCUGUUGCAGUGGAGAUGCUGUCUGCGGUGGCGGUGCUCAACGAGGUUCUGGACACCAAGGAACCCCAGGCUGUCACUGAACAGCUUUCUGACUCUCCUCUGGGCUUCAGCAACAUGGACCACGACAACCUGCACAGAUACGCAGACACUCUGAUCAGCCUCAGAGCCGACAGUCUGUCCCGCGGCCUGCAGUUCCUCACCUGGAAUGAUGUUCAGAAGACCAUCGACACAGUCAAUCUGCAGGUCCACGAGGAGCACGAGCGUAUUAUUGCUAUAUCUGAGAUCAAUGAGGCACUGAGCUCUGAUGACCCUAACCAGACCCUCUCUGCCCUGCUCCUGCCCACGGCCAAACUGCAGGGAGUCAACCCAGCCACAGCCAAACACUACCACGACGUCCUGCAGAACACCAAGCUAAUCAUCUGCAAGAGCUCAGGGGAUGAGUCUGCUGUGCUGUGGCUCAAUCAGAUCCAAGAAGGCAUACACACAGCCAACCAAGAUGAAGAGGAGGCUCUCACAUUGGCUGGAGCAGUGGCAGACAUCAACAGGGAGGUGGUGGCGGGAGACUCCCAAAUGACCCUACAGGCCCUCCAAUCACCCCUACCAGGGCUGAGAGGGGUUCUGUCUGAGUGUGCAGACAUCUACCAGACACAGCUGGGCCAGCGCCAGGACCUCAACGUUACUACUGCAGGCAGCAGUGACAGUGUGUGGGUGAAACACCAGAUCAAGGGAGGUUAUGACUACUACUACAACCUGGAGAACAGAGAGGGGACCUGGGAGGAGCCAGAGGACUUCACACACAACAGCACACAGCUCCGCAGAGAGGAAAUACAGAGUGUGGUUGGAAGUGUGACAGCGGAGUAUAACAGGGAGCAGUUAUGGUUGGCCAACGAGGCCCUAGUAACUCAGCUACAGGCUCGGGUUAGAGGUUACCUGGUGAGGAGAGCUCACGCCCAGAGACUGGAUUUCCUACGACAACAAGAACCACACGUGGUCCGACUACAGGCCUCCUGGAAGGGCUAUAAACAGAGGAAGAUGUACAAAGACAGAAUGAAUGUGCUACAAAGCAAUGUGGGGACUGUCGUCAAGCUUCAGUCAUUCGUUAAAAUGUGGCGAGCCAAAAGUAAAUACUCUCAAAGACUGCAGUAUUUCAAAGACCAUGAGAAAGACAUAGUGAAGAUCCAGGCUUUCCUCAAGGCUAACAAAACCAGAGACGACUACAGAACACUCACCGGGGCUCAGGACCCUCCCCUGUCGGUGGUGCGUAAGUUUGUACACCUGCUGGAGCAGAGCAGCCUGGACCUACUGGAAGAACAGGAAGUGACACGGCUUAGGGAGGAAGUGGUCACUAAGAUUCGCUCCAAUCAGCAGAUGGAGAAAGACCUCAACCUGAUGGACAUUAAGAUUGGCCUGCUGGUCAAGAACAGGAUCACCCUACAGGAUGUGGUUUCCCAUAGUAAGAAGCUGACGGUGAAGAAGAGUAAAGAAGAGCUGGCUGCAGGGGACAGGCAGGGCAUCAAGGCACUGAGCAAAGACAAGAGGAAGAAACUAGAGGCUUACCAGCACCUCUUCUACCUGCUGCAGACCAACCCUUCGUACCUGGCCAAGUUAAUCUUCCAGAUGCCCCAGAACAAGUCUACUAAGUUCAUGGACACAGUGAUCUUCACCCUGUAUAAUUAUGCCUCCAACCAGAGAGAGGAGUACCUGCUGCUCAAACUCUUCAAGACCGCACUGGAGGAGGAGAUCAAGUCCAAGGUGGAUCAGAUCCAGGACAUCGUGACUGGAAACCCCACGGUCAUCAAGAUGGUGGUGAGCUUCAACCGUGGAGCCCGUGGUCACAACACGCUGAGGCAGCUUCUGGCACCUGUGGUCAAGGAGAUCAUCGAGGACAAGGGCCUGGGUAUCAACACCAAUCCUGUGGAAGUGUACAAGGCUUGGGUCAACCAGCUGGAGACCAACACUGGAGAGGCCAGUAAACUGCCUUAUGAGGUGACCCCGGACCAGGCCAUGUCACACGAGGAAGUACGUGCCAAGCUGGAGUCCUCCAGUCGGGCGCUGCAGACAGCCACAGACAAAGUGCUCAACUCCAUCGUGUCGUCACUGGACAACAUCCCCUAUGGCAUGAGGUACGUUGCAAAGGUCCUGAAAAAUUCACUUCAUGAAAAGUUCCCAGAUGCUACAGAGGAUGAGUUGUUGAAGAUUGUAGGGAACCUGCUGUACUACCGCUACAUGAACCCAGCCAUAGUGGCUCCAGACGGCUUCGACAUCAUAGACAUGUCAGCCGGAGGUCAGCUCCACUCUGACCAGCGUCGCAACCUGGGCUCCGUGGCAAAGAUGCUGCAGCAUGCUGCCGCCAACAAGCUGUUCGAGGGAGAGAAUGCCCACAUGACCCCCAUGAACAACUACAUCUCCCAGACCUACCAGAAGUUCAGGGUGUUUUUCCAGGCGGCGUGUGACGUCCCUGAGCCGGAGGAGAAGUUUAACGUGGAUGAGUACUCUGACAUGGUGACUCUGUGCAAGCCUGUCAUCUACAUCUCUAUAGAUGAGGUCAUCAACACACAUUCGCUAGUGUUGGAGCACCUGGAAGCAAUCUCCCCCGACCACAACGACCUGCUGCAUGAGCUGUUGCAGGACCUAGGGGACAUGCCUGACGUGGAGGCACUGCUGGGUGAAGGGGUGGUGGAUCCUAACAAUCCCAACAAGGAGAGCACCCUGAGUCAGCUGGCAAAGACGCAGAUCUCCCUCAGCCUCACUAACAAGUUUGAGCUGCUGGAAGGCGAUGACAAGGACACGAAAGGCCUGAUGAUGAAAACUAAGAAGCUGAUAAUGGAUGUAAUCAGGAUCCAGCCAGGAGACACUCUCCCAGAGACCCUGGAGACCCCAGCCUCUGGCCUCCAGGAGCGUGAGCAUGCUAAGGUGGUGGAGCUGCGUGCAGUGCAGGACGCCCAGGCCCCAGAGGGGCUGAAGAGCAGCCAGGCAGUGCUGGAGGACAGACAGCUGCCUCUAGAGCAGAAGAAGAGGAAGAUCCUCCGCAAUCUCCGAACCCUGGAGCAGGCUGGCCUUGUCACCACUGGCAACAAGUACCAGGAUCUCAUCAACGACAUCUCCAAGGACAUUCGUUACCAGAGGCGUUACAGACAGAGGAGGAAGGCAGAGCUAGUGAAGCUCCAACAGACACUGAGUGCGCUCAACUCAAAGACAGCCUUCUAUCAGGACCAGACCAACUACUAUGACACUUACAUCAGGACCUGCCUUGACAACCUCAACAGGAAGAACGCGCGGCGGUCCAUCAAGCUGGACAGGAAGGUGGAGGAGAAGGGCAGUAAGAAGUGGAAGCAUCAGUCUCUGAAGUACACGGCGGCCCGGCUGCAUGAGAAGGGAGUGAUUCUGGAGAUAGAGGGGCUGCAAACCAACCAGUUCAAAAAUGUCAUGUUUGACAUCUCGCCCAGUGAGGAAGUUGGGGACUUUGAGGUGAAGGCCAAGUUUAUGGGAGUUGAGAUGGAAAAAGUCCAACUCCAUUUCCAGGACCUGCUCCAACUUCAGUACGACGGAGUGGCAGUGAUGAAGAUGUUUGACAAGGCCAAAGUCAAUGUCAACCUGCUCAUCUUCCUCCUCAACAAGAAGUUCUAUGGAAAAUAAACCAAAUAUAGAGGAAGGGUAAAGAUAUGGAGGAGAACAUGGGUGUGAAAGGAUUGUAUACCUUCUGACAAAGUAUUGUUUGUUAAAGGAGCCAUUGGGAUAGGAAGUUUGAAUGGUCCGUAACGUGUUAUGUAUGUCUGACUGAAUAUGAUUUGGUUUCAAUUUAUAGCAUGUCUAUCCUCAGGCUCACAUACACACAUCCUCAGGCUGGUGAGCCACAAACACACACAAAGGGUUGUUGGUUUUAUUUGAUGCAGUUUUGAUUGAUCUUGUAUUGUCAUGUUAUAUCUGUUGUUUCAUUAUUUUGUUUAUGUUCAGUUUUCCACUGGGAGAUUGUACAUGGAAUAUAUUUUUUUAAGGUAUAUUGUAAUGAAAUCUACAUUUUAUAUGUAGAAGUUCUAUAAAGACAACACUGUUCUUGUCACUGAAAAAUAAAGUAUGUUUGCAACAAGAUGUGUACAAUGCACUACUGCCUAAUAGUCAGAAUGGGAGUUUAGACAGUAGUACAAUUCCUGUCCAGCUAUAUACAGUAGCCAGCAUGGAUUGUCUGGAAGUGGUUAAUAAUCAGUGUCUUUUUAAUCCACAUACAGUACAUUGGGAAGCUGUGCAUCUUUUAAAGUCUUAAUUAACGUGCAUUUCUAGAGUUUCGCUGCUUUUUACACAUAAUGUACCGUCCAGUAUACAUUUAAAUAAUUUCUGUUUUAAUGAGUUUAAUAAAAAAAUAUAUAUAUAUA